AUGGGAAAACCUGAGCUUACCAAUGCUUUUAGUCAGAGUGUUUUCAUUGUGCCAGUGGCAUUGAAAAGCGUCAACAAAGCAAUCGGUAGCAUCAUUGAGAAAAAUAUUCGCUUGAAUAUCUUCUGUGGGAAAAUUUAUAAAGAAAAUUUAAAGAAAAGUGUAAAGCCUGAUGUUGUAAUAACUCUGAAGUUGUUUUUUCAAUUGAAUUUCCGCAAACAAGAAGAAAACACUUCAAGUCGAAAGAAAAGCUUUGAAAUUUUCCUCAUAAAACAAACGUUUACAGUUUUAAUGACUUAA